AUGGCGGACGAGAAGGAGUUAAAGACGUGGGUGUCGGAUCAACUGUAUCAAAUCCUUGGCUACUCCGAGUCCAGCCUCGUUACCUUCGUUAUCGCGUUAGCCAAGAGAUCGUCCAGCGUGAGCGCUCUCACAUCCAGCCUCUCGUCCAAUGGCCUUCCGGCGUCGCCCGCCACGUCAGCCUUUGCCAGCCAGCUGGCCUCGAGAAUACCGAGCGCCAAGAAAGGUCCUUCGGCAUACAAAACGGAGGAGAAAGCAGCCAUUGAGUUUGCUCGCCGGCAGCAGCAUAACUUGCAUUCAUUUUCCUCUCCCUCCCAUUCGUUUCCCCUCACAAUCCCUCCCCAUCCCUCCCCAUCCCUCCACAUCCCUUUCUUUCUGCUCGCAGAAACUAGAGCCGAAGCUCUCCAAGAAGGAGCAAGGCAGGAGUACCUCGCAAAGCGCGAAGCCAAGAAGCUGCAGGAGCUCGAGGACGAGCUGGUGGACGAGGAGUAUUUGUUUUCCGAUGUGAAGCUGACGGAGAGGGAGCAGGCGGAGCAGCGGUACAAGCGCAAGGUGCUGGCGCUGGCCAAGCAGCAAGUGGAGGACGUGGGGAAGGUGCUGGAGUACCAUCUACCAGAGGCGUACGACAAGGAGGAGAAGGUGCAGCAGGACAAGAGGUUCGCCGUGGCCAUGAAGCGAUACCAGGAUGUGGAAGGAGAUGACAAGGUGACUCCACGGGCAGAGCAAGAGGCAUGGGAGAAUCAUCAAAUAGGCAAGGCGACGGUGAACUUUGGGUCAAAGGAUCGCAAGGUGGAGGCAGAGCAGUACGAGUAUGUGUUUGAGGAUCAGAUCGACUUCAUUAAAGAUACCAUCAUGGCUGGGGAUGACAGGGAGGGUUCAGAGGACGAGGAGGAGAGGGAGCGGCAGGUGGAGGUAUCAAAGGCCAAGUCAGCGUUUGACAGAAUACAGGCAGAGAGGAAGAACCUGCCCAUGUACCGAUACAGGGAAGAGCUGCUGCAAGCCAUCAACGACCACCAGGUGCUGGUGAUUGUGGGAGAGACGGGGUCGGGCAAGACGACUCAGAUCCCACAGUAUCUCUAUGAAGAGGGAUACGGCAAGCGCGGCAAGAUCGGGUGCACGCAGCCCCGGAGAGUGGCAGCAAUGAGCGUAGCAGCGCGAGUAGCCCAGGAGGUGGGGUGCAAGCUGGGGCACGAGGUGGGCUACUCCAUUCGCUUCGAGGACUGCACGUCCGACAAGACCGUCCUCAAAUACAUGACCGACGGCAUGCUUCUCCGGGAAUUCCUCAGCGAACCAGACCUCGCAAGCUACUCUGUCAUGAUGGUGGACGAAGCGCACGAGCGGACGCUUCAUACCGAUGUGCUGUUCGGGCUUGUGAAGGACAUUGCACGGUUCCGGCCGGAUCUGAAGCUGCUGAUAUCGAGCGCCACGCUUGACGCGGAAAAGUUCAGCGAGUAUUUUGAUUUCGCGCCGAUCUUCCGGAUUCCCGGGAGGAGGUAUCCCGUGGAUAUACACUACACGAAGGCGCCUGAGGCGGAUUAUUUGGAUGCCGCGGUGGUAACCGUGUUACAGAUUCAUGUAACGCAGCCGCCGGGAGACGUGCUGGUGUUCCUGACUGGGCAGGAGGAGAUUGAGGCGGCUGAGGAGAUUCUCAGGCAUAGAACUAAGGGGCUGGGGACAAAAAUUGCAGAAAUGAUCAUCUGCCCGAUUUACGCGAACCUGCCCACCGACAUGCAGGCGAAAAUUUUCGAGAAGACGCCCGAGGGGGCCCGGAAGGUGGUUCUGGCGACAAACAUCGCGGAAACUUCUCUCACGAUCGAUGGGAUUAAAUACGUGAUCGACCCGGGGUUUGUGAAGCAGAAGAGCUACAACCCACGCACCGGCAUGGAGUCUUUGAUAGUCACUCCCGUGUCGAAGGCACAGGCGAAUCAGCGCGCGGGGAGAGCCGGGAGAACGUCACCUGGGAAAUGCUUCCGGCUGUACACAGCGUGGUCGUAUGCGAAUGAGUUGGAGGAUAAUACCGUGCCGGAGAUUCAGCGGACGAACCUUGGGAAUGUCGUGCUGAUGCUCAAGUCCCUGGGGAUUAACGACUUGCUGAAUUUUGAUUUUAUGGAUCCGCCCCCUGCGGAGACGCUGCUGCGGGCGCUGGAGAUGCUGUAUGCGCUGGGGGCACUGAACGACCGGGGCGAGUUGACCAAGCUGGGCAGGAAGAUGGCUGAAUUCCCUCUCGACCCUCAGAUGUCGAAGAUGCUUGUAGCUUCUGAUAAAUACCUUUGCUCUGAAGAAGCGGCCACCAUAUGCGCCAUGCUAUCGGUGGGCAAUGCCGUGUUCUACCGGCCAAAGGACAAGCAGGUGCAUGCAGACAACGCGCGCAUGAACUUCCACACAGGCAACGUCGGCGACCACAUCGCGCUGCUAAGAGUCUACGAGCAGUGGGCCGAGACAAGUUUUUCCUCCCAGUUCUGCUAUGAGAACUACAUUCAGGUGCGAAGUAUGAAGAUGGCGCGGGAUGUGCGCGAUCAGCUGAUGGGGCUGCUGGAACGAGUGGAGAUCGAACCGAGUAGUAGCACUGGCGAUUUGGAUGCAAUCAAAAAGGCCAUCACUGCUGGCUACUUCUACCACACAGCUCGUCUCCAAAAGAACCGCACGUAUCGGACAGUCAAGAACCCCCAGACGGUGCACAUCCACCCGAGCUCAGGGCUGGCGCAGGUGCUGCCGCGGUGGGUGGUAUACCACGAGCUGGUCUACACGAGCAAGGAGUUUAUGCGACAGGUGGUGGAGAUUAAGCCUGAGUGGCUGGUUGAAAUCGCACCGCACUACUACAAGCUGAAGGAUGUUGAAGACUCUGGCACACACAAGAUGCCCAAGGUGGUUGGCAAGGCAGCUGAGAAGUAG